GCACGAGGACCAACCAUGAAGGCUUUUCUGGUGGCCCUGCUGGCUGCAGUCCUGUGUGCCCAGCAAGCUUCCUCCCUGUUCUGCUACGUCUGUGACAACGAACAUUCCAACUGGAACUGCAUGAAAACCUACAAGUGUGAGGACCAUGAGAAAUUCUGCACGACCACAUACAGCACUGCUGGAAUUGGCAAGGACAUGGGAUACCGCAUCACCAAGAAAUGCUCCGUGGACUGUCCCGAGACCAACGUGAAUUUCGGGAUGGCCGCUUACUCCACCAAGUGCUGCAAGACCUCCCUGUGCAACUUCAGCGGGGCCAACAGCAUCCGGAUCAACUACCCCGUGAUCCUGCUGGGAAUCCUGGGCAGCCUGCUCUGCGUGCUCAGGGUGGGAUUGUGAUCAGGGCUGUGAAGAAGAUGUGACCACAAGGUAUUCCCCAGGAGAAACCUCAGCUGAGAGUUUCCAACAGUGAUCCGGUUUUAUUCCGAGAUGUGGAUUCAGAUCCCGACGUGACACAGAAGUGUAGCUCCUAUUUUUCCCCC